AUGUGGAUAUGUAACCCCUUGGGUGGUGGCAUUCUAGAUUGGCGUAUUGCUGAUUCGAGGAGUAGAGAGCUGAGAUCCCGCGACGAGGCCGAAUUCAAUGAGCACCUAAUGGGGGGUCUUUUCUUGAACGAAAACGCAUUGGAACAGGUUUCGAUAUCGCAUAGUGUCAAACACAAAAUCGUUUUCACUCAUGCAGACCUCAAUAUAAAAAUAUUUUUUGUGCAGGCUGGAAUCCUGAGUACUGGGAAUCUUGCAGAUGUGAUUCAUCAAGUUUUCCCAAACUACAAUGAUGAGUUGCAGGGAUGUAUGAUAUUCAAGUUACUAGCCACGCUGAGCCGAAAUGUAUUCAGCCAAUAUUGCUAUCGACACAGCAUUAGCGCGGAAAGUCUAUGGGAACCAAGUCGAAAAACUGCUAAGCACAACAAACGCUUUGCACGUGACAGUGAGAGAGACCGCAUACAACAAACAAAAUGUAUCAAAACCAAAUAA